AUGGUUCAAAGGCAAGUCCAAAGAGGUGAGGCUGGACAAAUUCCCCAAGCUCUCAGGAAUCUCUCCGGUGAUGUUCACCAGCCUCAUCCAAAAAAACUUGAGUUUCCUGAGAUUUCCGAACUCGUGAGAUCUCCACCGGAGAGAUUUGAGCCGAUCGAUUCUGGCCGGAAUAUCCCCCACGAAGUGGUUGUUGUGGAGGUGGCCGAUGGAGUCCGACACGGCACCGGUGAUGUAGUAGUUGUUGAUGUUGAUUCCUGUGAUGGCUCCAGCGGCAGAGCAGUUGAUCUCCCGCCAGGAGACGGCGCGAGGGUCCAGUGUUGGAUGGCUGUUGUGUUGCCCCACACUUUCUUCAUGUUUAGCAAGGCGGUUCUUUCGGCGGGAAUGUAUUUUGAAUUUACGAAAAAGGACACAGAUGAGAGAAGAAAGACGAGGAAUGGCAACAGGGUAAUCGAGUGGAAUAAGGGUAGUUUCGUCAUUGUAGGGAUCGGGUUUCAACACUAA